AUGAAGAAAACAUCGUCUUUAGUGUGGCGAUUUUUUGAUCGUUUAGAAGAGAAUAAAAGAUGUGUGGCGGUGUUGUGUAAAUUAUGCGAUAAGCAAUAUAAGUAUUUCGGAAAUACGACCAAUCUUCGAACACACUUGGUGAACAAGCAUCCAAUUCAAUGGGAUUUAUUGCAGAAUGGUACGUUGGACGAAACCGCAUAUCGCAACUUCGAAGAUGAUGAAAGCACAAAUCAAACAGCGGCUACUCCAAAACGAAGAAAAUAUGUAAAUGUCUACAAAAAUGAAAACGUACGUUAUUCGGUAUCAGUUGAUGUUAAUAAGAAACAGCGUAGCGGGAAGUCUCCUGAAGACGGCUCAAUGCCCAUUAUUGAAAUACAAAGGGUUGAUGUCCUAGAAAACUCAGAAACUGAUAUUGAACAAGGCAACAAUGAGGAUAAUGAAGCAACCCUUAACUUGGUGCAUGAAAUUGGUGAGAAUCGAGGUUCUGAUGAAGAAUGGUUGGAAGACGACUGGACACAUCAAGUUGAGACAUAUGAGCCUAAGCGUAAGAUGAAAUAUAAGCAAAUAAAAAGGGAACUUACAUCACCUAUUCCUACAAAAAGGUAUAUCUACAGUCGAAAACCAAGUGUUACAAAAUCACAUCAGCAGCCCGGACGAAUUCCAGUAGAAAAUUUUACUAAGAAAGAUGAAUUUUCUGUAUUUGGUGAAUAUAUUGGCAACAAGCUACGGAAAUUCAAGUCAUAUCAGACCAGCGUUAAUGUUCAGCAACUUAUUACAACUAUAUUAUGGCAAGCCGAGUAUGGAGUGUAUGAUAACAUGGAAUCGGUGAAAAGGGUUGUACUGAGCACAGUUCAAGAGAUGGAUACUUCUCAACAUGUUACUCCUGAAGAGAUUCAAGUGCCUGCUCAAGAGGUAAUUCUUGAAGAAAAAGAUCAAGAUGUUCCAAACCAAGGCUCGACUGAGAGUGUGCCUUUAAUAGAUUGA